AUGGCGAUGGCCCGUUCGCUCACUCGAGCUCUUUCGUCGCAGUCCGUUGGCACGCAGUGGGUGAAGGAAACCCUCAAGGAGGAACCUAAGAGUUCCAGUACUACCGAGACGGAGGCCAGCCGCUCUGCACAAGCUUCUAAUAGUAGCGGCGGUGGCUCGUGGUUGACGGAAAUGCUCAAGGAGAGCGAGGAGCGUGAAAAAAAGAUGGAAAAGGACAAAGCCGCUGAACAGGGUGACAGCGUACUCGACCACGGUGAUGUCGCCCGUAAGGUUUACGAGUACAGUCACAAGAGAGCGGAAAAAGAGAGGGCUGAAAAGCAGAGGAAAGCGAUGGAGAAGGUACAGCCGAAGAAGGACAAGAAAUGA